AUGCCGGGCUGCCGCAUCAGCGCCUGCGGCCCGGGGGCCCAGGAAGGGUCGGCGGAACCGGGGUCCCCGCCGCCGCCGCUGCCCCGGGAGCCCCUGUCGUGCCCUCAGCCCCCAUCCCCAAGUCCGACCUUGGCCCCGACCCGGGCUCAAGCCUCAUCGCAGCCCGAAGCGGCCCAGGAGUCGGGGGGCUCCGCUGAGGGGCUGGAGCUGCAGCGCUGGCGCCAGGGCGCUAGCGGGGGCGCGGGGGGCCCCGGGCCGGCAGGGGGCGCGGGCGGCGGCCCGGGUGCCGCAGGGGCGGCGGCGGCGGCGGGCGUCCGCGCGCUGGAGCUGGCCGAAGCGCGGCGGCGACUGCUGGAGGUGGAGGGCCGCCGGCGCCUGGUGUCGGAGCUGGAGAGCCGCGUGCUGCAAUUGCACCGCGUCUUUCUGGCGGCCGAGCUGCGCCUGGCGCACCGCGCCGAGAGCCUGGGCCGCCUGGGUGGCGGCGUGGCGCAGGCCGAGCUCUACCUGGCGGCGCACGGGCCGCGCCUCAAGAAGGGCUCGCGCCGCGGCCGCCGCGGCCGCCCGCCCGCGCUGCUCGCCUCGGCGCUGGGUCUGGGCGGCUGCGUGCCCUGGGGCGCCGGGCGCCUGCGGCGGGGCCACGGCCCCGAGCCGGAGUCGCCCUUCCGCCGGAGCCCGCCCCGCGGCCCCGCCUCACCCCAGCGCUGA